CAGGGCGGGCCUGCCGUAAAUUAUUUUUUGAAAACUGUCAAAAGCCACUCGCCACCCAUUCAUGUACUGAAAAAUCCGACCGCUCGUGACUGUUACCCAACCUUCAUAUCGUCUACCACCACCAUGUUCAAAAAGGCCGGCAAAGGCAAGGCUAUACGGCGAAAGAUUGAAACAGAGGACGUGGACGAGCAGCCUGAAGAGAUCGAGGAAUCCGUUGUUAAGAGAACUUCCUUGAAGAAGAAGAAGGCCGCGUCUUCCAAAAAGUCUCUGGCACUGAGUUUUGACCAGGAGGAUGAAGGCGAUGGCGAAGUCUUCAAAAUUGAAAAAAGCAACGCGAGCAAACGGCUGGAAGGUCAAAGGGCUUUGCAUGUCCCGAGCCUCGAGCCGCCAGAAGAUAUAAAUCAAAUCAAUCUGACACCAUCAUAUACCAAUGAGAUGCUACAACAACUUCGAAACAGUACUCCUUCAACGCCAAAGGCAAUGGUGGAUGCUGGUUUAGCCCAAGAUGAUGACGCCUUAUUGGUCGCAUCCAAAUUUCCUUCGACCCUAGGUGCCAGCUUAAGUAGCGGAUCAAGCAUUCCUGACGCCAAUGCCAUUCAUGCCGCCAAAAAGAGGAGAGAGCUUAUGAGACAAGGCAUAAAAAUCCAAGACGACGAUUUUGUUGCAUUAGAUGAUGGGGAACCCGAGAAUCAAUCCAGACUUGUGCGUGAAGAAGAUGAAGAUGAUGAUGCUGAGGAUGAAUACGAAAAAUAUGUAGGAGACAAAUUGGCGCUUGGAAAGAAAGCUCAAAAGCAGCAGGAAGCAAGUCGAAAAGCCGGUGUGCGGGAGAUGAUUGAAGAUGCAGAAGAAGACGAUUCUGAGCUGGAUGAACUAGACAGAUGGGAACAAGAAAUGAUCAAAUUUGGAGGUGUUCGCGCGAAGAAGGCUGAUGAUUCGGAAUCAUCCGAGAUAAACCGAAAUUACCGACCUGCACCAAUCCCUGAACAAACUGCUAUACCAUCUUUAUCGGACGUUCUCUCUCGUCUCUCUAUUGUGUCGAGUAAUUUAGAAGAAUCGAAGCAGAACCACGACAAACAAUUGACACAGACGCUGAAAGAUAUUGAAAACUUGAAAGCUACUCGUGAGGUUACAGAGAGUGAGUUGGAACGUACUAGCAAGCGGUACAAUUAUUUCCAAGAGCUCAAGGCAUUUGUCAACGACCUUGCCGAAUUUUUGGAUGUCAAGUUUCCAGAGCUUGAAAAAGUGGAGAGUCAGUUUUAUGGAUUGAUGAAUCAGCGUACCAAGGCAGUGGAAGACCGAAGAUGGCAAGAUGAUUUGGAUGACGCUGAGCUAUUCUCUGACGUGCCUGCUACAUUCACUAGCGCAGAAGAUGACGGUCAACUAGACGAGUUUGGUCGGUCUUCAAGCUCGCGUAAUACAGAGGCUGCUAAACGGCGAAGGCGAGAAGAACGUACGUCUCGACACAUAUUACGAGAGACGUCGAAUGAUAUCACUGGCAUGUCUACUGAUGACGAGUUGGAUCAAUCGUACGCACGGGAAGAACGGGAAGAACUUGAUGAGAUACAGCGAGACAAGAUCAAUGCCAUCAUAGCGGAUGUCCAAGAUGACUUUUCUUCCCUCCUCUCUGUCAAGAACAAGUUUGAAAGCUGGAAAACAGAAUUUAAUGAUGAUUAUACAAAGGCUUACGGUGGUCUCAGCUUACCUGGUGCAUUUGAGUUUUAUAUUCGCAUUGAGCUAAUAACAUGGAAUCCUUUCCUUCGACCAGUUGACCUUGAUACCAUGAGAUGGCAUACCAUUAUAUCUGAAUAUGGAGUUGCUAACGAGCAAGAAGAUGAUGCGAUGGAUGAUCCGGAUUCAACCAUAUUGAAUAAGGUGGUUGAAAAGACAGUGUGCAAGAAAAUCAAAGAUAUGAUACCCAACUUGGACGUAUUCUCUGCGGCUCAAAUGAAGAGCGCAAAGCAUGCUAUCGAACAAGUCUCUUACUAUGUGGAAGAACAUGAACCGGCUUUCAAGGAAUUGGCGACCAGCGCCUUGGAUCACUUUUCUAGAAUGGUAACACAAUACCUUAACCUAGUUGAUGCCAUCAAUGUGCACGACGAACCUGAUGACGCAGGCAAGAAGGCUAGAAACCGACUGUUGAAGCGAAUGAUCAAGUUGUACAAAAAUUUGCGCCCUUGGAGAAGGCUUAUCACUUUGGCUGAUCCACAUUCAAGUAUUUUUGAUGAUAUCCAUGACAAGAUGCUAGACAAACUGGUUGCCCCCUGGGAUGGUGACCUCGAAUUACUGUUGUGAUAAGGGAAAUCGCGAUAACCUUUUAAUGUAGAUUACUAGAUAUAAGUGAGUCAAAAAUUAGUUUAGCGAUUUGCAACCAGUCAGUAUCAUUGUUACACUACACUCCAUGUGAAUGUUGGCCAGUCUUUUCAUUUUUGCCCCAAAGUGUGUGCAGUCGUUAGCUCCAUAGCCAUUAUUUUUUUUUUUACGUCGAAGCUUGAACAACAGGGUUUUACUGUCAACUUUGCUUUCUUUCUUUCUUUCUUUUCUUUUUUUCUUUCUGUCUUUUGCCGUCUUCAAGUGACUAAAAUGUUUAUCCGCAUGCCAGCAUGUGACAAAAUUGCAUAUCAGAAAUAGCCCGUCUGAGUUUCCAGUGUCGUGUGCACAAUCAUCUUUGCGUCAAAGCAUGAUUACAACAUGACAGACUCUCCAAAUGCCAAAC